CGCUCCGAUUGACUGUGAGACAACCCAAUCGAUAUUUACACCCACUGCUAUCUUUCCUACCCAGCCUUAAUCUUCUCAACAUGCGGUUCGGUACGAAACCUGCCGUCCUUAUUCCAUACGCGUGGGUUCCGUGGGUCGCCGUGUUACUACUAUUGACACUGCCUCCACUCGUGUCGGGGAUCCGAUCCCGGACGGCCUUUGCCGUUCCGACCCACACCCGAACCCGACCGACGGUACGUGCGGUACCGCCUGGGGACGACGACCACCACCACCACGAAUCGGUAGCCUCUACGGAUUCGGACUACUCGGUACCAGUCUCACGGACGGCACUGGAAUGGACCGUUCAAGACUACGCACGUCGGAACAUGGUUUCCGUCCUCGUGGGUGGAAUGGUACUAGCAAUCGUGCCUGGCGUCGGUGGUGCGGGGACGGACGACAACAACAACAGUAACGCGGACAACGAAAGUUUCGCUUCCAUUGCGUCCCGGGCCAACGUCAUGUCCAAAAAGGCCGCCAGUGAAUUGCCCGCCACGGCCAGUGGAGUCCGCGCCACCGACCAGACCUGCUACGACUUUAGUCUCCCCGUGGCCGGCCUCGCGGUGCCCAUGGCGACGCUCAUUAAUCAGGUCUUUUAUGACAGUAACAGCGACGAGGCCCGCGACGGCGAAGCCGUCAAAGUCAAGGCCAUUGUGGUCGUUAACAUUAAACAAGACGACCCCGUGGCCCGAAAAACCAUUCCGGAACUCAUCUCCCUCGCCACCAAAUACUCCGGUCGCGACGGCACCGGCGCCGUCGCCAUUGUCUGUUGCCCCACCGAUCAGGGAUACUACGAACCCGACACGUCGGCCCUCCUCCGGCUCAAACUUGGGGCCGAGUACGGAUACGGUAUUAACCCGGCCACCAUCGUCACGGACAAGGUCAAUUUGCUCGGCACCGGAGCGCAUCCCUUUUGGCGUUGGCUCCAAUCCACCAGCCGGACUCCGGCCGGUUUGGGACGCAUCGAAGGAAAUUUCGAAAAAUUCCUGAUUGACGGUCGCACCGGCUUGCCCGUCCGGCGGUACCCACGCAAGUACGCUCCACUCAAUCUGCAGGACGACGUCGAAGCCCUCAUCGCCACCCGACCCCUCCCGCCCGCCAAAGCCAACUUUCUCGAAGCCUGGCGAGCCGCCGCCGCCGAGGCCGAACGUGAUACCUACCGAUUCGAAAAAGGACUCAACGUCUUUGAUCAGUAA